AUGGAUAUUUGUAGGCACCCUCAUCUACAAUCAUUCUUUCUUUUACAGAAUAAAGAGGCAUUUGUCACUGCAGCCAAAGAUGUGAUCUCAAACAGCCAGUCAGUAACUCAGUUCCUGAGAGUUAUUGCCAACCACUGCCUGGAUAAACAGUGCACAGUUGAACUUUCCCUCGUAGUUGAGCAGAUUCUCACCAUCACCAACCAGCUCAACAUCAUCUCCUGCGUCAAUGCUGUAACACCUGGCUGCAAAUCAUCUGAUGAGAUCCUGGUGAAGAACACUCAGAAUCUACUCCAAACUGUCCUGCGAGGGGUCCACGCGGCAGAGUCAGCCUGCAUCACUGGUUUGAGGCAACCGGAGCCAAACUCAGAUGGUGCCGAGGCUACAGCCUUGUGUUUUCAGUGGAUGAGGAAAUUAGAGAUCCAUCGAGCCCAGCAGACCUCCAACCCAGAGACUGAUGAGCUGGGUUUGAGGAAGACCUCGUCCCACCCUGUAGCGCCCAGUCUUGCCUCGCCAGUUGGCUACAAGUAGUACUUAUAAACAGUUAUGGCAAGCCAUUUGAGUAUAUAUUCCAUAUCCUUG